AUGCCUUCCGUCGACGACGUUCCGAACGAAAUCUGGCUAGAGAUCUUUGACCAGCUUUCUCACUCCAUUGAGCAUCGCACAGGCACGUUCGCGGCACUAUGCCUGACGUCGAGACGCUUUCGAGAGCUUGCGGAGCCACUCCUGUACGAGUCUUACGGCAACCUCAGGAGCAGGGAUCUGCCGCAUUCCUUUCCCUUAGCUAUCCUGGAGCGACCGCACCUUGCCAAGCACGUCCGCAACCUCGAUUUGUAUCUCGGUGGUGGCGUAGGGGACCAAUGGGACAUCAAUCCAAUGCCUGAGGAUUUGUACCGCCGACUCAGACGUUCGAUUCAGCAAUCUGGGUUUUGUUCAGAGCUCAUAGGAGACUGGACCGAUGCUCUAGCUCGCCUUGGACGACCGCGGGGACGAGCUUGUGCUGCUUUGGGGCUUCUUCUCGCGUCGGAGAAGCUGGAAGUGCUCAGUGUACGAUAUCAUCAAAAGACUACGACAGAAUUGUGGAGAGAAGGGAGUCGGUGGAAUAAAGAGAGCUUUCUCCUUCGGAUCAUGAGGGAUACGCUGCUGUCGCACACCAACAAGCUCGGGAGAUUCCACAGCAUACGAUCCGUCGUCAUCGCACGGCCAGGCUCGAACACGUCCUUUCCGCUGUAUCCUCUCGCCUUUCUCUUGAAGAUUCCCAGUCUCCUCUACCUCCAACUGCGCGGAUGCGUUGAUCAGGAAAUGGGACUUGGGUUGAGAUGGGACGUGGAUGGGCCAUUCAAAGUUGACGGCGACUGGCACCUCGUUGAGAAGGCGCGGCUCCAGACGCUGGUCUUUCGUGAAAGCGACGUGAGUCAUGAAGCACUACAUCUCCUGAUGAGUCGCUGCAGUGCGUUGAAGCAUUUCUACCUGGACAUGCACGCCAUCGACCCCGGUCGUGCCACUUUCGAUUUUGGCGUUCUGGAUACGGCUCUGCGCUACCAUCGCCAUGCUCUGGAGAGCCUUUACCUUCGCUUCUAUGACAACAUGGGGCGCGGGCGAUGGGGUUGGGGCUUGAACAGCCCGCGCAGUGGAUCGCUCUCCUCGCUUUCGCAAUUCAACAAGCUCAAAUCCGCGCGUGUUCCUGGAAAUGUCCUGCUUCCUUAUAAUUGGAUAUCUCCAUCCUCUAUCACGAUCCCAUCAUUAAUGGCCGAAGUGAAGAAAGUUCUCCCGCUCAACGCGCAAGCAGCUUGUUUUUCCGGUUGCGACGUCGUCUUCGGUGACAAGUACAUAUCCCCAUAUGCGGAUGCGCGGAUAAGAGACGGCCGCGUUCCUGCGCCAUGA